GCCCCGCUGCUGGGGAGAAGGGCAGGCGGGGGGACGGCGGCGAGCAGGGAAGAGGCCCUCGGCGCAGCCCGCUCAGGGUAGCGGCUGGAGAAGAGCAGGAGGCUGACGAGGGCUCAGGGGCUAGCGCGGGGCCCCGCCCCCAGGCUGGCGCGAGGCCCUUUCCCUCCUUGCUGAUCGUGAGGCAGAAGGGACCCGGCGCUCUCACCUGGGGGCGGGGGGGAGUCAUGCGUGCGGCGUAACGAGUCUGCGCGGCGUCCCUCCCACGCGCGGCUGGGCGAGUCCAUUCACAGGGGAAUCCGGAAGAUUCCAUGGCGAAGAAACUGGAACCUUCCAGUAGGUCGCGGCUCGCGUCCGCCCCUGCCCAUCCCUUCCGCACCGGCGUCUGGGAAUGCAAAGCCGGCUAGUCGACCCGACAGCCGCCCUCCUCGCGCUACGAAAGAGCAGCAGCGCUCAGGAGGGGCCCGCGCGGGAACUGUCGCUGCUGGUGGCCGUUGAGGUCGGUUCGCGAGCUAGCCGUCCUCGCCCCCAUCGACCCUGCGCCGGCGGCCGGUCUGCUCCUGCCGCGGCCAUGAGGCACCUGCCCUAUUUCUGCCGUGGAGAGGUGGUGAGGGGCUUCGGCAGAGGCUCCAAGGAGCUGGGCAUCCCCACCGCUAACUUUUCUGAGCAAGUCGUCGAAAGCUUUCCAUCUGAUAUCUCCACUGGUAUAUACUAUGGGUGGGCCUGUGUUGGAAAUGGAGAUGUGCAUAAAAUGGUUUUGAGCAUAGGCUGGAACCCAUACUACAAGAAUGUAAAGAAAUCAGUGGAAACGCACAUCAUCCACACAUUCAAAGAAGACUUUUAUGGUGAAAUUCUUAGUAUAGUCAUUAUUGGGUACAUCAGACCAGAAAAAAACUUUGAUUCCUUAGAUGCACUUAUUUCGGCAAUUCAAGAUGACAUUGGAGAGGCUAAUAGAAAACUAGACUUACCAGAACAUCUGAAACUCAAAGAAGACAACUUCUUCCACAUGCCAGAAAGCAAACUAGUAAAUGGCCAUUAAACAAGGUCAUGUGUACACUUAUUUUUAUUGUUACUCUUGUCUUUGGUCUGCUCUCAUUAGUAUUCAGCUGUUGUAUCUGGUUAGUUAAGUGAAAUCUGUGUGUGAACAAAACCCUGUAAAACAGUACAACUGUGUUAGGCUUCUUUGUUUGAACUAAUGUAUUAUUAAAUCUGUCAUGCAAGGGAGUAGAAAGUAAUGUUAUUUUCUUCUUAAAAAUCAACAUUGUGAUUCAGUAUGUUAAAUUGUUCACAGGUCUGAUCAUAUGAAACACAAAACCAAAGUUACUAGUGUCUUUUUUGUCUAUUAAUGGUGUGUACAUACUGGCUACAGACAAAAGACCAUGUGAAGGCAUUUGUUUGUGAUGAGAUUAGAGUGGACAGUCAUUUCUGCUUUCAGUUGUUUUUAUGUUUUCCUAAUAUCUGGACUUCAGCCGCUAAUUUAGAAAAUACCAAUAGUGAUCAUGCUACAAGUUUGUCUGUGAUGUGGAAAACAUCGGUAGCAAGAAUUAGCAUACUGUAGAGAUUAUAUUUUUGAUAUAUUUUAGUAGGCAUAUAUUACACUUGAAACUGGCAUUAAUUGAAAUUAUUUAUUAUAAUUUUAUUUGAAGAGAUUAUCACUAGAGUAAAAUAAUUGCACUGUCUUCCAUUUUAGUGACAUGCUCCCUAUUUUGAGGGUUGCCUGAAUCCUAAAAUGGAUGCUUCUGUUUAUUUAAAACAGUACACACAAAUCCCAUCAUGCCAAAUUAUGGGUUGACUAAUUUAAUUUUGGAAUAACAGCUCACUAAAUUUAAAGUAAUUUAAAGACACUAGAUUUAGGUUACUAAAUUAAAUUUUUGUAACUCUGAUAUUGCAAAGCAGAUUCAAAGCAGUCCUUAGUGCAAGAGAGCCUCAAAUGAUGUGGAGCCACUGUAGCAAGACCUGUGCCCUUGUAGCCCCUAGGAUGGGAGAGGGGACCAGAGCAAUUGAGUGUUGGCUAUUAACAGCUGCUGCAAUGGUGCUUUAGGGGCUGUUGCAGCUGGACAUAACUGAGAGCAACACUGAGGCUGCUCUUUAGGUUAAGUUGUGGACAAAACCCACCCCAGUUGACUUGAGGACUGGGAAGUUAAGCCAUUUUUAUGUCCUACCCUUUCCUUGGGUCCUGUACCAAAUGCAGCUUGCAUAGCUCCAAUGAUGAUGAAGCACACUGUCAAUUGCUAUGUGAAUAAGAAACCAAAGCCGCUUUUGGGACACUAUAUGUGAAGAGGAUAAAUUCAAAGUAUAAACAUUUCAGUAAAAAGUAAAUACUUAAUUAUGGUUUCUCUUGCCAUACAAGACAUAAACAUGCAGACAAAUGCCAUAUUAUCUAAACUGUGGUUUGUACUCCAAGCAGAUUCUAUAAAAAUGGGGCUCCGUAUUUCUAGUCUGAUUCCAGAUCAAAUCUGCUUCUCUUACAAGUAUGUGAUUUUUGUCCCUUCUAACUACUAGCCAUGCAAAUUCAUUCUGGAGUCUCAACCUGGGGGGUUUGCAUUCCUGAUCCUGGGCUGCUCCUUAGGCCUAGAAUGAUGCUUCACAUACGUUAGUGUGCUGUAAUAUACAAUUGUCACCGAGCACUGCCCUGUGCACUGCAGUGUUGUCCAGAAUCUCUGCAGUGCUGUUCCUGCUUUGACACACCCCACCCCCAGCAUGCCUUUCAUUUCAGGGCUUAUGGGGUCCUCAGAAGUCAGACUUAGAGCUGUCUUCCUCAGUUCCUGUGAUGUGAAUCCUUACUUCUCCGAAUACAGGCUUCUGGGUUCCCUUUUUGCUACUCUGGCUCUCUGACGCAGUGUAAAGAGACCAGAGCAGUUGUGAGGAUCUUGCCAUGUGAAUGAAGUUGAAUUCUUUGAUUUGCAUAUCACCAAUUAAAGAUAUUGCAACUGGAACUUAACAGUCCUGUUGAUAUGAAAGAGAGAAAAGAAUCUAAAUCAGUUGAGGAAGAGCAAAUAGUACUUGAGCUGGUCCUAGCUAUCUUUUCAGAGUGCACACUGAAAAUUCUUGACAUAACUGCUGUCUGAAACUUUCCAAAGAAGUUUCAGAAUUUCUCAUUUGUCUUCUGUUCAAAGUUGGGAGAAAACUCAAUCAUAUGCGGUAGAAAAUACUGUUUAAAAAGAAUGGUUAAUGUGAAUGGCAUUUUACUAUAUGACUCAGUGUAAGAUGUCUUUUUACACUCUGCACAACAAUUCAGACUUGUAAGUCGGAAGGAAGGGUAACUGCUAGGGAUAAAUUUUAAUUCAAAUGAAGGAGUGAAGGGAGGAUUUUCUUCUUGCAUGAAGAUGUCCAGUUAAUUCUGAUAUUUCACAUUUCCCCCUUUCUCUAUUGAGGGAACAAAGUAGCAGUUAUAUAUACUAUUAAGAAAAAGGGGCCGUAUUGAAAAGUAAAUCUGUUAAUUUAGGGUUUUAAAACUAAACUAUUGUGGCAUUUAUAAACUUUUUGCCAGUGAUUUUAUGUGUCAGCUGAGGAAUUGUUUACCAUUUUAGGAAACAAAGGUGCCUUAAGACAUUUGAGUACAAUUGUUCAUAAUCAGUAAUGAACACUAAUGUUCAAGAGUCAUUUCACAAUGUAUAACCAUUGCACUGAGCAGAGAGAACUUGAACUGCUAAUCAUAUAAGACAACUGAAAGUGAGACAGAAGUAUAGUUAUAGUGAGCUGACUUAUAUAGAGUAGUGUCUUGAAGUUUGGUGUAUGAGAGCAAAAAUGUGUCUCAAAGUAUCUCUCUGCCCUUGUGUUUUGUUAUGUACUUGCUGGAUAUCAGUUAUUUAAGUUUGAUACAACUUAGUACAACAGAAGCUUUAUGAACAGUUAUAUUUUUGUACUAUAUACUAAUGUAAAAAUACAAAUCUUGUAUUUGCUUAUUCUGCUGUUACAACAUCUGAGCUAACUUAAAAAAAAAAAAAAAAAAAAAACUGUAGCCGGGUAACAGUUAUUCCUGUUUGUCUCAUGUUUUCAGGUGAAAAGUCUUGCUUGGUAUAAAUAAUUUUUACAUAUUGGUUGGCAUGUUCUGAAAACAUGGUCAACUGUUCACUAUUUCUGCUGCUUGUUUACUUGCCUUUCUUUCAGUUUUUACAUUGAAAACUUUGUAUCACUUUCAAUUUCCCAGUGCUGCAGUAGUUGGGUUACAAACAUUGCAAGGGAAAUGGCUUUUUAAAAAUGUUUGUUAGAAUUUUAAAAGAACCAUCAAAAUACUUUUUCUCACAGUUUACAUUUUGGGCCAAAUAUGAGUUAGUGUCUUUUUGAAAUCUACUGCUAUCUUUGAAUAAACGUAUGUCUAGUCUAGGGACCAGUCAAUAUACAUUUUUUUUCAAAAGGAAAAAAACUGAACAGUAGCUUUUAGGUAGGAUAAAAUUGGUAUUGUUCGUUUAGUGCGAAAUGUGUACAUUUUUAGCAGAUGUUGAAAACGUUGAAUAAAGUGCAAUAACUUUG